CACGCGCCUGAUCACUCGCAGCAUCUCUUCAAAGGACAUGACUGGACUAAACACUCAGAAAAUGCAUGCUAACGUCGUGGUACUCGGCACAGAUCAUGUUGGAAAAUCUGCACUCAUUGUCCGAUUCCUGACUCGUAGAUUCAUCGGUGAAUAUGGGGAUAUUGAGUCCCUUUACAGUCACAGUGUUGUUGUGGAUAGACGAGAGCAAACUCUGAAUAUAUGGGAUGCACCAUAUUCACAGUCACAGCAGGACAUGUCUUAUGAAUCGUUGAUGUGUGAGAAAAUAGUCCAGUGGGCAGAUGGUUUUGUGCUGGUCUACAGCAUCUGUGACCGAGCCAGUUUCAACGCAGUCACCAGACUUAUUCAAACCAUCAAAACCUCCAAGGACUUUCUGGGCUUUGAGAAGAUGCCCAUAGUUAUCGUGGGAAACAAGAGGGAUCUGGAUCAUCGCCGUACAGUCCUUAGUGAGGAGGGCAGGCUACUUGCACUCUCUGCAGACUGUCAAUUCUAUGAGGUCUCAGCUGCUGAGAAUUACCACAGUGUUCUGAUGGUUUUCCAUGGGCUGGUGAAUCGCAUCAGGGAGUCCAGGGUGUCUGUGAAAAAAUUAGCAGGCAUCAAGGGCAUUGUGAAGAGCAUGUCUGCAGUGUUCGCCCGCAGGCGAACGGAUUCGCUGUGAAGCUGGUGGGAGCUCUGGAAAUAAAGCUUUAAGUGGUCUGAUAUGACCCAUUUUAGAGGGACAUGUCAUGCUUGGCCAAUUGCUGAGGCUUGCACAAGAGCCCCUGAUAUCUCCUAUGACUACACCUGGAGUGGAGUGGGGCACUAACAGAAGAGAUUGACCUAGUGGGUCUGCUAAGGUGGUGGCCUCUUUCUAAGAAAAUGCAUGGUCAAUGAAGUAAUAUAAUUGUGGCAAAACACUGACCAGCAGAUUUUAUCUAUCAAAAGUGGAGUGAAUAUUUCAUUGUAAAGUGGGAAAUAUGUUGUUUAAAAUCCUUUGCCUGCUUUAAGCACAAUAGGCAGCAAUGCUUCUGCAUAUAAACUUUAGUGGUGUUGGCAACUGGCUGGUAAACACUGGUGAUAACUGCAGUGGGAAUUUUUCAUGAGUCAGUGCUACUCUUCUGACCUGCUGUGGCCUAAAAAUACAAGCAGAUGCAAGGCAACAUUGUCUUCUGCUACAUUUAUAAAAUACAGCAAGUCUGCCACACUAGAGAUAUCAUCAUACAAAGAGCUGUCGUUCAAGGCCAUCUUGCAGUUAAAUAACAAUGAACUAUUUGAAGAUGUGCGUUCACCCCUACACACUCUCUUAUCCAAAGAAAAAAACAAAGUAUGCAUUUUUCCUGACUUCCUUUUUGAGGCUGUGUCAGUGCUUUAUGAAGAAUACUCACAUGUAUUGAUUUCUAGACCACACAUUGUCAAUACAAAGCCAAUAACCACAAUGAAGGUUUUACCAUGAGUGUCAUUUUACAGAAAAAUGUUACCAUCAUCAGUCAAUGAAUAUGCUGUAUUUGUAAAAGAUUAAAUAAUUGGGAGUACAUUGUUACUAUCAAAAUUGGUGGUCAACCAAUUUCUCAAGUUAACUUGAGAAAGAUAAUCUUUAUGAAAAAAAAUCAAAAUUGUAUACAGUACAGUAUAUUUAUAGAUCACAUGCAUAUAUCACAAGUACGCAUGGCUUUUUAUUGAUAAAACUGUUUUAUUCAUGUAUAUAAUGACUAAGGAGGCAUAGCCUCUGAUAAUAUUGUUUAUUCUUAUUAAAAUAUGCAAAAAUCAAAGCUUGAAACACGUAGCACUUGUGCUAACUAGGCUUAAAGUAUGCUGAAUAUAAAAGUGGUAUGAAAAUAACCGAAUAACUACUGCUUCAAUGGUUAGUUUGUCAUUUUAUGAAGAGAAAUUUUUAAAAAUGAAUUAUUCGAAUUGUGCCCAUUGUUAAUAUCUUAAAGGAAUAGUUCACCUAAAAGUGAAAAUUCUCUCAUCAUUUACUCACCCUCAUGCCAUCCCAGAUGUGUUUGACUUACUUUCUUCUGCAGAACACAAACAAAGAUUUUUAGAAGAAUAUCUCAGCCCUGGAGGUCCACACAAUGCAAGUGAAUGGUUAGCAAACUUUGAAGCACCAAAAAGCACAUAAAGGCAGCAGAAAAGUAAUCCAUAAGUGACUCCAGUGUUUUAAUCCAUGUCUUCUGAAGCGAUCAAAUCAGUUUUGGGUGAGAACAGACCAAAAUAUAACUCCGUUUUCACUAUAAAUCAUGACAUCAGCAGUCUCCUUGGCGAUCAUGCUUUCAAGCUCGAUUACACUAAAUCAUGAUUGUGCCUAGAGGCAAUAUGUACAGUGAAAAAGGAGUAACAUUUUGGUCUUUUCUCGCCCAAAAUCAAUUAGAUUUCUUAAGAAGACAUGGAUUAAACCAUUGGAGUCAUAUGGACUACUUUUUAUACUGAUUUUUUUGGAGCUUCAAAUUUCUGGUCACAAUUCACUUGCAUUGUAUGGACCUACAGCACUGAGAUAUUCUUCUAAAAAAUCUUCAUUUUUGC